AUUCAGAAUAUGAACAACAUAAUCUCCUUCCCUUUGGACAGUUUGCUGAAGGGGGACCUGAAAGGAGUAAAAGGGGAUCUGAAAAAGCCUUUUGAUAAAGCUUGGAAGGACUAUGAAACAAAAAUAACCAAAAUAGAAAAGGAGAAAAAGGAACAUGCCAAGCUCCAUGGGAUGAUUCGUACUGAAAUAAGCGGGGCUGAAAUUGCUGAGGAGAUGGAAAAGGAGAGGCGGUUCUUCCAGCUACAGAUGUGUGAGUAUCUGCUGAAGGUCAAUGAAAUCAAGAUUAAAAAGGGAGUGGAUUUACUUCAAAAUCUGAUCAAAUAUUUUCAUGCCCAAUGCAAUUUUUUCCAGGACGGACUGAAAGCAGUGGAAAGCCUCAAACCUUCCAUUGAAACACUUUCAACAGACCUUCACACUAUCAAACAGGCCCAGGAUGAAGAAAGAAGGCAAUUGAUACAGCUUCGAGAUAUUUUAAAGUCCGCACUGCAGGUUGAACAAAAGGAGUCUAGGAGAGAGUCACAAAUUCGCCAGAGUACAGCUUAUAGCUUACAUCAGCCUCAGGGAAACAAAGAGCACGGAACCGAGCGGAAUGGCAACCUCUACAAGAAGAGCGACGGGAUCCGAAAAGUGUGGCAGAAAAGGAAAUGUUCAGUUAAAAAUGGUUUUCUGACCAUCUCCCAUGGUACCGCUAACCGGCCUCCUGCAAAGCUCAACCUGUUAACCUGCCAAGUGAAGACGAACCCCGAGGAAAAAAAGUGUUUUGACCUUAUUUCACAUGACAGGACAUACCACUUUCAAGCAGAAGACGAACAGGAGUGUCAAAUAUGGAUGUCUGUGCUGCAAAACAGCAAGGAAGAAGCUUUAAACAAUGCAUUUAAGGGAGAUGACAAUACGGGAGAAAAUAACAUAGUCCAAGAACUGACAAAGGAGAUCAUCUCAGAAGUGCAGAAGAUGACAGGCAACGAUGUGUGCUGCGACUGCGGCGCGCCAGAUCCUACGUGGCUUUCCACCAACCUGGGCAUUCUGACCUGCAUCGAGUGUUCUGGAAUCCACAGAGAGCUGGGGGUUCAUUACUCCAGGAUGCAGUCCCUGACCUUAGAUGUAUUGGGAACAUCUGAGCUGCUGCUUGCCAAGAAUAUUGGGAAUGCAGGCUUUAAUGAGAUUAUGGAGUGUUGCCUGCCCGCUGAGGACUUGGUCAAGCCUAAUCCAGGCAGCGACAUGAAUGCAAGAAAGGACUACAUCACGGCCAAGUACAUCGAGAGGAGAUAUGCAAGGAAAAAGCAUGCAGAUAAUGCAGCAAAGCUUCACAGCCUUUGCGAGGCCGUGAAGACUAGAGAUAUUUUUGGAUUACUCCAAGCUUAUGCUGAUGGUGUGGAUCUCACUGAAAAAAUCCCGCUGGCCAAUGGACAUGAGCCAGAUGAAACGGCCCUCCAUCUUGCAGUCAGAUCUGUGGAUCGGACUUCUCUUCACAUUGUAGACUUUUUAGUUCAGAACAGUGGGAACCUGGAUAAACAGACAGGUAAAGGCAGCACCGCUCUGCACUACUGCUGCCUGACUGACAAUGCUGAGUGCCUGAAGCUCCUCCUGCGGGGGAAGGCGUCCAUUGAGAUAGCAAAUGAGUCAGGAGAGACUCCACUGGACAUUGCCAAACGCCUCAAGCACGAGCGCUGUGAGGAGCUGCUGACCCAAGCCUUAUCUGGAAGGUUUAAUUCUCACGUUCACGUUGAGUAUGAAUGGCGAUUGCUCCACGAAGACCUGGACGAAAGUGAUGACGAUGUGGACGAGAAAUUGCAGCCUAGUCCCAACCGGCGGGAAGACCGGCCCGUCAGCUUCUACCAGCUGGGAUCCAACCAGCUUCAGUCUAAUGCUGCGUCUUUGGCCAGAGAUGCUGCAAACCUUGCCAAGGACAAGCAGAGGGGUUUUGUGCCCAGCAUCUUGCAGAAUGAGACCUACGGAGCCAUUCUGAGCGGCAGCCCGCCUCCCACCCAGCCCACAGCCCCCAGCACCACCAGCGCACCCCCACUCCCCCCUCGCAAUGUCGGCAAAGUUCAGACAGCCUCCUCAGCUAACACCCUGUGGAAGACAAACUCUGUAAGUGUGGACGGUGUGAGCAGGCAGCGAUCUUCGUCAGAUCCGCCAGCUGUCCAUCCCCCGCUGCCCCCUCUUCGAGUGACAUCGACCAAUCCCCUGACUCCCACACCGCCCCCUCCUGUGGCCAAGACACCCAGUGUGAUGGAAGCCUUGGGCCAGCCGAGCAAGCCGUUGCAGCCUGGGGUCUCACAGAGCAAGCCCCCACCCCUGCCGCCCCAGCCACCCAGCCGCCUCCCUCAGAAGAAGCCUGCUCCCGGGGCUGAUAAGUCGACCCCGCUGAUCAACAAAGGCCAGCCAAGAGGACCUGAAUCUCUGGGUCCUCCGUGCAACACUACGGUCCUGCAGCCCCCUGCACCCAUGCCCAGGAAGUCACAGGCGACCAAGUUGAAGCCCAAGCGGGUCAAAGCGCUCUAUAACUGUGUGGCCGACAACCCAGACGAGCUCACCUUCUCCGAGGGGGAUGUGAUUGUCGUGGAUGGGGAAGAGGACCAGGAGUGGUGGAUUGGCCACAUUGAUGGAGACCCUGGUCGCAAAGGAGCGUUCCCUGUAUCAUUUGUGCACUUUAUUGCUGACUGAAUUGCUACUGAACAAAAGCAUUUAACAGUUACGUUCCUGUUUCAUUAUUGGUACCAAAACUCUUGCCAGAUAGCCAGUGUCAUGAAUUGUACUGUAGGGUAGCCCAUUUUACUCUAUCCCCUUUCUGUUUUAAAAACUCAAAGGAAAAUUUUAUAUGUAAGCAAAUUGUUUUUAUAAUUUGUGGUUUUCAUGAAACAUUGCUAUACUUUUAUUAGGAAAAACUGUAUUUCCUAAAAGGUGAACUGAAAAGUUAUUUUAGCUAAUAAUCAAGACCUUUCAACUACAGAAUUAGCUAAACCUAAAAAUGUUUAAGAGUAUCGGAAAUAAAUCCUUCCUGCUUUCCUUGGCUCAA